AUGUCAAGACAUCCGAUUGCCCGCAGACUUACAGAGCAAAAUAUAGAAAAAAUCAAGGAAAUGACUAUUGCUGGUUCACAUCCUCGAGAAAUUGUUUCAAUACUUAGACAGAAUGAUAAAUCAAUACUAAUAACUACAGGUUGUACUCCUAUACAAGCAUUAAUAAAUGAUCUCAAAGAAGGUGAUUUUGUAUAUAAAUAUAAAUAUGAUAAUAACAG